AUGGAAGUCUGUAAAGAACUCACAUACGAGGCGCUGAAUUACAAGGACUAUCUCCAAGAAAUGAGAGCAACGCCGUACGAAAAUAUUGAAAACGUGCGCUCAUGGUUCAAGGAUAGGACAAGAAUGGAAAUGGUUUUUCUCAAAGAAAUAAAAUCUCUUUUACCGCAUGUUAACACGGAGGUUCUGUUUCACGAGCAAAUAAAUCAACUGUACGAGCUCCAAGAUGAACUCGGGGAUAGCCUGUCUCGAUCCGAGGGCCUUCAAAAUUUAUAUCAAGCUAGAGAAUUGAUGAGUAGAGCUAUUGAUAGUAAAAGACGCCAAGCUGGAGUAAUUGAUGCUCUUGAUCUUCUUAAACGAGCAUACGAUCUGACGAUUGGAAUCGACCAAAAAGCAAGAUGUGUGAUAGCUUCUGAGAUGGGAUACAUUUACGCUGAAUUUGAUGAACGGCCCCACGCAAAAAUUAAAGCCAAGGAAUACUAUAGAGAUUGCAUUCAUUCGGCGCAUGAAAACGGAUAUACAAGUGGUUUCUUUUGGCUCAAAAGAUCAAGAGAAUAUCUUGCUAAAGUCGCAGCAGAGAUGUCAACUUUUGGUGUAACCUUUCAGCCUUCAGAAAAGGGGAUUGAGGUGAUAGAGGAGUUUAAAAAGCAGAAUUUCGACAAAAAAGAACCAAGAGAAUUUCUCGCGUUCUUGGCCGAACAUCAUCCUCCAAAGAAGGGUACUAUGCCGAUAGCCACAAUAUACAACGAAAAUGAAUGUCUUACAAAAGCGACCAGAUUGUAUCAUCCUGACAGAAAUGCAAAUUAUGAUGAUGACUGGCGAGCUCUCUGUGAGCAAAUUUCAAUGGUGGCAAACAAUUUUUACAAUUGCUCAGUAAGGGGUAAUUGCUAA